CCUUGCCAAAAAGGACCAACCAAGGCCAAGCUUGGGCUAUUGAAUUUUAGGGUUUCUGUUGUGGGUUUAAUAAUCCAAUAUCACAGUGUUGAAUGGACAUUUUUGACCCAAAUAUGUGAAGCCCAAGCUCCUGGGCUUGUUUUACAAAACACUAACGCGAACACGAUUUCGCUGGACGUCUUUCCCAAUCUACAAUCCACGUUUAGUGCAAGCGUCGUCCAACUGUACAGAGCUCGCAAGAGAUGGCUGCUCAAUCGCUGGCCAAUCUUCCAUGGACAACCCAAGCAAUCAGGCAUUCCAAUCUUCAAAAAACACAAUCCAAAUAUCAUCUACCGCACUCUUUUAAACCCUACACUUCAAAAAACCUACUAUGGUUAGGUGCUACCACCAUACACAAGACCAAUCUUUCUUUCCAAUCCACAAAUCCCAGACAUCAAUCACUGGCUCGCCGCCCCAUCUCCGCCACGGUGUCCAGCCUUCCAACUGCGAAUCCAGAGAGAUUUGCUUCUGCUGAGAAAGUUCCCAAGUGGUCAUGGAGGGCAAUAAAGGCAUUUGCUUUGGCUCAAUUGGAAGCUAGGAAGCUCAAGUAUGCAAAUACUGGGACUGAGUCUCUUCUUAUGGGCGUCCUGAUUGAAGGGACUAGUCUAGCUGCAAAGUAUUUGUGGACAAAUGGAAUUACUCUUUUCAAAGUGCGUGAAGAAACUAUCAAGUUACUUGGAAAGGCUGACAUGUAUUUUUUCCCACCUGAGCAGCCUCCCUUGACAGAAUCAGCUCAAAGAGCCCUUGACUGGGCUGUUGAGCAUAAACUAAAAUCAGGGGAUAGUGGUGAAAUUACAACAAGUGAUAUGCUUCUUGGCAUUUGGUCAGAAGUGGACUCCCCAGGUCACAAAGUACUGGCUGCACUAGGCUUCAAUGAUGAGAAAGCAGCAGAGCUGGAGUCUUUGAGUUCUGGACCUGGGUUUGUAGAUGGAUAAUGCCUUCAUUUUUCUUCAGGAGCAGUGAGAUUCUUUAUAAUCAUAGGAGUACAAAGAAUUGUACGUUUGUGUGUUUCAACUGAAAUUGCAGAUCCUAUCAUUCUUGCACGAAUAAAAAUCUUUUUAACAUUUGUAUCUUC